AGGCCCAGCCAGGAGGGGCCACUACGGAGCAGCUUCCCCAGCUGUCACCAUGAUUCCCCCAUCAGACUCUCUGCUCAAAUAUGACACCCCAGUGUUGGUGAGCCGGAACACAGAGAAACGGAGCCCCAAGGCUCGGCCACUCAAAGUCAGUUCUCAGCAGCCGGGACCCUCCUCCAGUGGUCCCAUUCCACAGCCACCCAAGGCCAAGCUACCCUCAACAUCCUGUGUCCCAGAUCCUACCAAGCAAGCAGAGGAAAUUUUGAAUGCCAUCCUACCCCCAAGGGAGUGGGUAGAAGACACACAGCUAUGGAUCCAGCAGGUGUCCAGCACGCCCAGCACCAGGAUCGACGUGGUGCACCUCCAGGAGCAGAUGGACCUGAAGCUGCAGCAGCGGCAAGCCAGAGAGACGGGCAUCUGUCCUGUCCGCAGAGAGCUCUACUCACAGUGCUUCGAUGAACUGAUCCGGGAGGUCACCAUCAACUGUGCAGAGAGGGGGCUGCUGUUGCUGCGUGUGCGGGAUGAGAUCCGCAUGACCAUCGCUGCCUACCAGACCUUGUACGAGAGCAGUGUGGCGUUUGGCAUGAGGAAGGCACUACAGGCCGAACAGGGGAAGUCAGACAUGGAGAGGAAAAUUGCAGAUUUGGAGACAGAAAAGAGAGAUUUGGAGAGGCAAGUGAACGAGCAGAAGGCAAAAUGUGAGGCCACAGAGAAGCGGGAGAGUGAGAGGCGACAGGUGGAGGAGAAGAAGCACAACGAGGAGAUCCAGUUUCUGAAGCGGACCAAUCAGCAGCUGAAGGCCCAACUGGAAGGCAUUAUCGCACCAAAGAAGUGAUAAUUUCCAUAUGGGUCUCAGCAAGCACCACACCCCAUCAUAAGCCCUUUGUAAUAAAAGCUACUUUCCUGAGUGAACAGGCUAUCCCCUCCCCUGAUCACCACCCACAUACUCAUCAGAGGUCACGGUUGCCCUAAUGUCUUGAAAUACCUGAGGUCUGGCAGCCAGGCUCUUGGGUGGGCAGUGGAAGGCGACACACCCUCGAUGAUUUCUGUAUGCAGCUUACUGGUCUCCCAAGCAAUCUGUCGACUCAGUAACUUAGCAAGCAAGUACUUUCCUGCAGCAACUGCUCCUGUCCACCACAGCUCGGCUCACAGGUCAUCUUGCGCUUCCUUCCACUCUCACCCCUUCUCCAGGAUAAAGUUAGUAACUCAUUUCAGAGCUUUGGUUUCGUUCUGUGUCUUGUCCCCACCCAGUUGAAGGAUCCUCUCCACCUGACUGCCUAGGAUAGGCAACACAACAGAGUCAAGCCCUUGCUCUGGAGCAAGUAAAUGCUUGCUGGGAAGGAAACAAGCUCCGGUGUUCUUUAGCCACUGCUCAAGGCCUCCCCCCACAUCUCCCACUGCAGGAUGCCUCUCUUGGACCUCAUGUCCCCAGUUAACUAUGCUGAGUGAACCACUAGGGUGGUAUCCACAUCUUGCAUGCAGUUCUAACCAGGCAAUGGCUUGAAGAUUGAAAUAGCAGCACAAAUCCUUAUUCAGGGGAGCUUAGGUUGGAAGAGGACAGCAAGCUGUGUUCCCAAAUACAUCCCAACUCUGACCUCAAACAAGCCACAGCUUUGACCCAUACCCAUAUCCAAGGAAGUGUAUCUAUUAACAUGGCCUACCUAAGCUGCCAUCUUCCUGGUAAAGAACGCUGUACCUGGUGGUCGUGCUGGUUCCAUGACUCUUGAACAGGAAGCACGCAUGUCCCAAUAAGCCCAUUUAACAAACUCUGAGAAACAGAAGUCACUGGAGCACUUUCCUUUUCUAUUCACAAGCUUACCCAUGUACUCCUUGAAGUACUUCUGCUUUUAGUUCUGUAUGCUUCUGUCCCAAACUGCUACUUAGUAGUACCAAAACAAACAAAAAACUUUUUUUUUUUUUUGCUUGCUGUAGAUGUCACCUACUUCCAUAAACACGCAUGACAAACAGGUUCUCACACUGGAAGAACCAAGGGCCAAUCCAAGCAUGUGAAAAGCCAAUGGAUUUAAUCAGAGCUCUUUUUAGAGCUAAGGAGUUUUAUCUUCAUUUUCACUAGCUGGUGAUUGGCUUCAAUGGUCAGGUCUCACAAGUACAUGAUGGACUUAGAGAUGUCAACUGGGCAUGAAGAAAACGAACACAAUUUCUAAUGGCAUAUUUUUGUAUAAUUUAAUAAACAGCUUUUUCAAUGUUA